CGCGUUCGGCAUACCUACUCGAGUUAACACGGGUUAACACGGGUAAUGCUCUAGUACAACUCGUGUUACCCGGGUAAUGUUACUCGUGUGACAAAAAUUCUACCCACCUCAAGAAGCCGGGAAAGUGGGUAAUUCUAUCCGAAUAUAUUGCCACUUGCAGAUUCAAUAUGGCGGAAUCGACGGAAACCUCAACCGCGUUUGUUGACGAGAAUGGAAAUAGCCACCAGCAAUGUAGAACGUCAUGAAUGGAAUGAUUCUGAGACUAAAUUACUACUUGAUACUACUGCUGCAAAUAUGGAAAAACUGAAAGGGGCUAAAAACAAAACAAAAGUAUGGACAGGUAUUGCGGAAGUUCUCAUAACACAUGGUUUCAAUGUUACUGUUACACAAUGCAUAGACAGGUACAAAUAUAUGAAACGGUCAUACAAAGCAUAUGUAGAUAAAAAUAAGAAAUCAUGUAGUGGAAAGUGCUCAUUUAGAUAUGAAAAAGAGAUGCAUGCUCUUAUUGGGGACGACCCGGCAGUAAAACCACUUUGCACAUUUGGAUCAGGGGAUAAAGUAGAAGGCACUGAUCUUGAUGCCAACGAAACUGAUGAGAGUUCAGAUGUUUCUUCACCAGCCUUUGAAUCCAAGCGUCCACGCAGAAAAAGCAUGGUAAAUGAGUUGAAGGAAUUGAUGGAGGAAAGAGACCAGAGAAUGCUGUCUGUAAUCGAAAAAAUGAAAAGUGAACAAAACAAUUUAUUGAAGAAACUUAUUGAUAAGUUGUAAAUCUACUACAGUUUGUAAUGAAGGUUUAGUGUCCCAUAUAGAAAAUCACGGUAACUUGGAAAGGUUAAAAAGUAAAUGUUUGAAUUUUGUUUAUUUGCUUUUUUAAUAUAUGUAUAACACAUAUUACAAGAGUUUAUGUUAAAUAUUGUUUUGCCAGGAAGGCUUCUGUUUUUCAUUUUAUCAAAAUAUGAACAAUCAAGCUUCUGAAGAAAUGUAUUGAUAAUUGUAAAUUAUCACAGUUUGAAGAUGACGUGAAAUGUAAUGCAGAGUCGUAAUUUAGAAAAUCUGUGUGGAUAUUGGAAAGGUUCUAUGUAAAUACAUUUUGAGUAUCCCUUGUUAGAAAGCGUUAUUUUUACUUAUUUUUGUUCAAGGAAGGUUUCAUUUGCUGAAAAGUAAUCGGGACAAGUGACAUUUUUCUUUAAAUUGUCUUGAAUUUGUUGCAAGGCAUCUAAUACUUUACUUGUAGUAAGUAAAAGUAAAUUGUUCUAUAUCACCCUAAUUUUCAGCUUUAUUUGCAAAAAUAAGGCCUAAAUAAGUAUUUUUGAUACAUUUAAGGUAAUUUCUGUGUAAGUUGGCCUUUGUCAUUUGUACUUUUAAUAAACAUUUUUACUAAACACUAACACUUUAUUUUCAUGAACAUUGAAAUAAAUCUUAAGGCGUGCUGCUUUAAUUGCUAUAUUUUUAGCUCACCUGAGCACAACGUGCUCAUGGUGAGGUAUUGUGAUGGCUCAGUGUUCGUCGUCCGUCAUCAACAAUUUGUUAAAACAACAUCUCCUCCGAACCACGUGGCCAAUUGUAAACAAACUUUACAGAAAUGAUCCUUAGGUGAUCCCCUUUCAAAGGUGUUAAAAAAAUUAAAUUCCAUUGAAAAUUCUGGUCGUUAUGGCAACCAAUAGGAAAAACUUUAAAAAUCUUGUCUGAACUAUUUCACCUAGAGCUUAGAUAUUUGGUGUGUAGCAUUCUCUAGUGGACCUCUACCAAUAUUGUACAAAUUAUGGCCCAAGGGUCUAUAUUGGCCUCGCCUGGGAAGUCAAUUGAUUUUACAUAGACUAAUAUAGGAAAAACUUCAAAAAUCUUAUUGUUGGAAAGUAUUUGGUCUAGAGCUUAGAUCUACGUUUUGGCCUGGUUUUGUUUACACCAUUAUAAUUCUGUACUCAGGUGAGUGAGCUGGGGCCAAUGGUCCCAU